AUGAGCAUCGAGUGCUGGACGGACCACUAUCAAUGCGCCCCUUGCGACGACGGGCUUAAACAUUGCAUCUGGAAGAGUUCAAAGCAUGUGGCGGGAUGGAAGUACUGCCCUGACUAUGAUAGUUGCGAGGUUCCAACCUUCGAGACGACCACUACUCCUAAGCCUACGACCACUACUCCUAAGCCUACGACCACUACUCCUAAGCCUACGACCACUACUCCUAAGCCUACGACCACUACUCCUAAGCCUACGACCACUACUCCUAAGCCUACGACCACUACUCCUAAGCCUACGACCACUACUCCUAAGCCUACGACCACUACUCCCAAGCCUACGACCGCUAAUACUUCUCAGCCUACGGCCACUACUACCAAGCCGACGACCACUACUACUUCUCAGCCUAUGACCACUACUCCUAAGCUGACGACCACCCAGAGUACAACGACUACUGUCGAGUGGGAUACAACGACGGACAUCAUAACCACUCAUACAGACACAACGACCACUGACGUUGAACCUUUGACAACUACGGAUAUUCAAACGUCUACGACCACCGGCACCCACGAACCUACUACUAGCACCACCGCUGCGCUUAUUACUUCUACUACACGCGAGCCUGCCACUACUACUGCCCCGACAACUGCUACCACUACUACUGCCACCACUACCACUACUACAUCUACUACCACUACCACUGAGCCUACAACUACCACCCCCACCCACGAAGUGACAACUGCGAAGCCAUCCACACAUGCUACUGAGAAGCCCACC